AAUAAUAAUAAUAGUAACAAGACAUCGCUGACAAGAUCAAUUUUAAAGCAGCAUUAUCCUACCCACCAUCAUCACCACCAUCAUCACCAUCAUCAUCAUCACAACCAGCAUCAGCAGCAACAGUAUCAUCAUCAUCAUGGUUAUUCUCAUCGUCACCUACGGGAGGGAAAAGAAGGCGAUGGGGAAGAGCAAAAACGUCAAGUAAAAGAACAAGAACAAGAAGAACAACAGUUGCAGCAGCAUCAGCAUCAGCAUCAACAAGAUGAACAGCAGCAACAACAGCCAAAAGAGCAGGAGGAGGAGGAGGAGCAAGAAGAGCAAGAAUGCUUUAACACGAACAUACAAAAUUUCAAGUCGAAAUCUUACCUUAACUCCGACAUCAACAACAGUAUCAGCAACAGUAAACGUGAUGACAGAGAUCAUCUGAAUUACAGUCACCGAAGAGAGGGCAACGAGACUAUUUACGAUGACACUGUCAUCAAUUGUCACUACGAUUCGAAACUGUAUCCUAAAGACUUCACCGUCCCAAAUUCUUCGUCCAUUUCCAUCUCCACUUCUUCCACAUCCUCGUCCCCCGCUGAAAACAUUAUCGCCCAGAGCCCCUCCUCUCCUCCGAACCCGCCCUCACCACCAUCACCAAUCUUGGGAGACGAAGGCAACCACCGUCCCGACGAAACCUACCGGCGCAUCCCCCACCCACACCAAAGCUCACUACUGCAUCAUUUUCAACAUCAGCAACAUCAGCUGCUGCUCCAACAGCAACAACAACAACAUCAAUACCAACAACAUCAUCAUAUCCAAUCACACCAACAGCAUCACCUUCAUCACCAACACCAUCCACAUCAUCUGCCGCAUUUAACUAACUCGGCUUUUUUCACUCAACGUGAAAUCCCGACUUAUCCGUUUAGGACGGGUCUGGAAAAUCUUCAUCGCACCACUACGGCCCUCCAUGGCAUCGGAGGAAGAGAUAAUCAUGGAAAUAUUUCGGGUAGAAGCAAUCUCGGUCUCAGCAAUGUUGCUAGCAUGGGUAACUCUGGUUUUGGUGUUGCAGCCCCUACAGUCGACAGUUCGAACGGCGCUGCUGGGGAUUUGAUUCGAGUUAGUAUGGUCGGACCACCAGGUGUCGUCAGUCGAUCCGGUUUAGGUGGGUUACUAGGUGGUCUUGCUCUCCACCAUUCGCCCACCACGGCAGCCCUGUCUUUCUCUCAUAUGCCCCCACAGUUCCAUAUGCAUUCACACCAGCACCACUCUAAUUCGAACACACAUAGCAACCACAACAGCAUCAACGGUGGCAGCAACAACAGCCAACACCCACACCAGCAUAAUCAUCAUCACCAUCACCAUCAUCCACUUGGACAACAACCACAAUCAUCACAACAACAACAACAACAACAACAACAGCCCCAUCACCAUUCUCACCCACUUCAGAACCACCCUCACUCAGUACUGCACCCAUCUCACCAGACGAGUCCUCAAUCCCAGACUUCAUUACCGCCACCGCCGCCACCACCACCACUGCCACCGCCACCACCACCACUACCACCACCAUUGCCGCCAGUCCCGCCACCUCCACCACCGUCUCAAGCAUCCAUCAUGCCACCGUUGUCCCUCUGUUCGUCCACUUCGCUAUCGCCUCCUCCUCCGUCUUCUAUUUCCCUCUCCUCGUUGCAGGCAACAGUGACUGAUAAACUCUUCCAGUGUAAGCAGUGUGGCAAGUGCUUCAAACGUUCCUCAACUCUGUCAACCCACUUACUCAUUCACAGUGACACUAGACCCUAUCCGUGUCAGUACUGCGGUAAGCGCUUCCAUCAGAAAUCUGACAUGAAGAAACACACAUACAUCCACACAGGUAAGCACCCACCA